UGUGUGUGUGUGUGUGUGAUUCUCCUGCUGGAGUUUAAUGUAAUUACGGGAUUACUGUCCUCCUAAAGCCGCUAAUAUUUACUACACUGAGCUGCGAUUGACGGGACUCAAAUACAGUUCACCGAAUCACGGAAAUAUGAAUUAACGGGAGGUUUUUCUACUCGGUGAGUGUUAGAAAUGAAGCUUUUCGACUACUGAAGGGAUUACCUGGACUUUCUGAAGAGUCUUUAUGGAGUUACACUAUAAUAAGAUGAACGUCGAGCGAGAGGGAAAGAGGAAAACUUUAUUCCGGCGAAAAUAAUCACACGGAGGAAAAAAGAAUUACUGGAUGUCCCAGGGGAAAAUUGUGUUUUUGCAAAACUGAUUCAUCCAGCCCUGCGUGGUUAUGUCUCUGUCGGCGCUACCAGAAUGGAAGCAGAUGCUUCUGGAGCGAAAGAGAAAAGAGGAGGAGGAGAGAGAAAGACGAGAACGUGAGGAAGAAGAGAGGCUGGCCAGCAUGCCAGCCUGGAAAAGGGAGAUCAUCCAGAGAAGAAAAGAAAAAGAGAGAGAGCGAGACAUACAGCGUAUUCCCGAUGUGUUGGCCAGCACUGAGGACAUCAUUACAGAACAUCUCCCCAAGGUAAAACAAAAGAUAUCCAAAGAAACCUUCCAACAGAACCCGUUCAUCCGCUCUGAAAACAGCUUUAGGAAGGAUAAAAGGGUGAUUGGAGAGAAUGCAUGUAAAAAGGCUGGUAGUAAAUCCGGGAGGGAUCAUAAUAAAGAAAAAGAAGUCUGGAGAGGACGAGAUAGAGAGAGUAAAAAUGAAGGAAGAGAGCAAGAGAGAAGCACCGGGAGAGAAGGCAAGGAGACGGGUCCAUUCUCUCCAGUCGUGGGUCUGAGAACGAUCCAGGCCAACAAUAUUAUCAUUAUUGAGAAAGAUAAAAGCGGGAGGGAGAAGGUGGAGAAGGAGGUGGAGGAGGACGAGAAAAGGAUGAGGAUGGAUUUGAGGGAGUUUCUGGCGGGAGGUGGGAGUGUGACGGAGAUUAGAGCAUCGGAAGUGCUGAUCAUCAAACCUCCUGUGACGGAGGGGAAAAGAGAUGGAGAGAGUGGAGGAAAGAUGGAGAGAGGGAGAGGGGAAGAAAGGAUAGAGAGAGGGAGAGGUGAAGAGAUAGGGGUAAGUGAAGAACGAAGGAGAGAUGAAGAAAGUUUAGAGAAAGGGAGAGGUGAAAAGCGAGGGAUUAGUGAAGAGGGAUGGAGAGGUAAGGGGAGGGGGGAGGACUGGAUUGAGAAAGGGAGAGGUGAAGAGAGGAUAGAGAGAAGGAGAGGUGAAGAACGAGGGAGAAGUGAAGAAAGAAGGAGAUGUGAAGAAAGUUUAGAGAAAGUGAGAGGUGAAAAACGAGGGAUAAGUGAAGAGAGAUUGAAAGGUCAAGAAAGAUGGAGAGGAGAAGAGAAAGGGAUAAGCGAAGAACGAAGAAGAGGUGAAGAACAAGGGAUAAGUGAACAGCGAAAAAGAAGUAAAGAGCGAGGGAUAAGUGAAAAACAAAGGAGAAGUGAAGAGCAAGGGAUAAAUAAAGAGCGAAGAAAAGAUAAAGAGCGAGGGAUAAGUGAAGAGCUAGGGAGACGUGAAGACUGGAUAGAAAAAGGGAGAGAACGAGGUAAAAGUAAAGAACGAGGGAAAAGUAAAGAACGAGGGAUAAGUGAGGAGCGUUCAGAGAAAGAGGGAAUAUGGAGCUCUAUGCAGAGAGUGCUGGGCCACAGAGCUCCGGGCUGCAGUGGGCAGGUCAGUGUGCCCGCUCGGGUCAGUGGGCGGGUCAGUCAGCUGCUCAGUAAAUUCGGGGAAAACCCCAAACCUCCACUGAGAUCCAAAAGCACAGAAUCCCUGAACCAGCCCGACAAGACCAGGGCCCGAUACAGCACAGGAGACCUCUCAGUGCAGGACGUCCCAAACCUGGAGGAGCCGGAAAACAAUCCGACACUCCGAGGAGUCCCGAAGAGAUCCUUCAGCUUCUCAGACCGCGUGAUUCGACAACAGGAGAACCGAGAUUUUAAGGCUGUGGAGAGAACACACUCUGACCGCAGAGUCAAAACUCAAGACCAAUCAGAGGGUCAAUCAAGGGUCAACAGGAAAUCUAAAGAUGAUGAGGAAAAGAGGCAAACAGAAAAUAGGGAGAGGAAUGUUUGUGGAAAGACAGAAGAUGAAGGCUUCACUGUAGCCUCCAUCGUCAAAAAUCCAGAGGAGGUCGCAUUUGCAAGGCGAAUUCCUAUCAAACAUGAGGAGAGGGAGUGCGGAGAGAACAGAGAAGAGAAUGAGGUUGAAAUAGAUAAAGAGAUGCAUAGAGAUAAAAAGCAAGAGGAAAAAUGGAGUCUCACAGAAUUCCAGAAUGAUUCCGAUAGAAGACAGAAUCAGGACCAAGCAACUCUUCCAGAUUCAAGACAGUCCCACGGUAUAUACAUCCCACCUUCAGAUGACAGUACUACAGAUCUCCCUGCAGACAUUCAGUGCCAAUGCAGUGUCAACACUGCAAACACUAGUUGUCCAUCUACAACCUGUUCCGUACAACAACAAGCAGUCCUUACUCAGCACACAGAAGAUCUGUUGAGCAAAUUAGGCAAAAUCCAAUCAGACAUAGAGUUUAAAAGUUCAACGCAUGCAUGUUCACAUGAGGACUCAGACAUGAUCUCUGAUGAACUGAGUUUCCAAGAGCAUCAAGACUAUGAAAACUUUCCAAAGCAAGAGGCAUAUUAUUCCUCACAACUCCCAACAACACUAUCCCAGAGCAAGCUCUGCACUCAAGAAGGAAUCACCAUCCCCAGAACAGUGUUUUAUGGAGUCGAUAUAUCAGCGAAAAUAAGAAGAUCGAGUCUGCCUGCUGGACAAGAGGGUGGACAAACUGAGAGGAGAGGAAGCUGGAAAACAGGCCGACCUUUGACCCGAGUGGAGUCUCUGAAAGAGAAAAUUCGCCAGCAGGAAAAGGAAACACAGAGAAGUAGACAUGAUGAAACUGAAGCAACUACAAGCAAGCAGGAAGAAACCACAGUGCAGACUCUCACACCGCUUGACGUCACACAGGAAGUCAGCAUGGCAAAGUCAAGCCCUCAACUUCCUGUUCCUGAUUCUCUGUCGCUCUUGCAGUCAUCAGAAAGAGAAGUAGUGGAGAUCACAUCCAAAAGUGAUAUCUGCGGAACUAAGAAAAGAGCUUGCAAUGCUCCGAGAACACAGGACUUUGACGGAGAAGACGAUAGAAUUGAAAGAGAGGAAGAGUUGUUAGAGGAAGAGUAUUUUCCUCCUUCUCUUUCUCCCUCUCCUACUCUUUUAGAGUCUUUGGACGCCAUGAGUCGGAUUUAUAACCUUAAGACUGUAGGGUCUAGAACUACAGUGUGUAUCGGCGAAAGAUCAGCUGAUGUGUCCCCACAUAGUGGACUGCAAGGUAAAUACAACCCUAUUAGACAAGCACCUUCGCCGGACGUCCUUCCAGAAAAGGCCAAGGUGUGGAAUCAUGAGAAAUCUGAGACCGUGGAGUCGACAGGUGUUCAGACGGUUCAGCGUCAGGUGGAGAGACUACAGCUACAGAGGGAACCGGAAGAAGGAUGUGGUUUCCCCAAAGACAAAAAAUCAAGUCGCACCAUUGUAGAACCGGAGGUGAGAAUCGCCGAGGGUCAAAAGAGGCCUGACAUCUUAAGAGAGACUCAGAUUUCCACCCCAAGAUUUCAACCUCAACAAAAGGUCAGAUCAUUCACAAUCAAUGCCCAGAACUCGGCGAAACCUCCAGAGCAAAUCUCUCCAUCAUCAUCAGCGGGAUCGCCCUCCUCGUCAACUCCCUCUCCUCCUCUGUUCUCCAUUAGAAGCGCUUCAGGUGGGCCGAGUAAGAGAGGAACGACAAUCACUAUAACCCCCCGGAGAUCUGCUGGGUCGUCCUCGCCUGGGAGUACACCGACAGCGACCUCCCCCACAGCACCCAAAGCAGCCCCCCAGACCCAAACGCCCACCCCUGCCCCCAUCAGCACCCGGGAGACGGGGAAAAAGAGGUAUCCCACGGCCGAGGAGAUCCAGGUGAUCGGAGGAUAUCAAAAUCUGGAGCGCUCCUGCUUGGUGAAGAGUAGAGGGACACCCAAAUCGGUGAAGGUGUGUUUCGAUGAGGUCGAGCUGGAGCGAGUGUGUGAAUAUCCCUCUGAGGAGUGUGUUCUGGCCUCUCUUCCAUGUUUUCCUCAGUCUGGACUGGAGGACGGAAAUCGAGACGAGCAGGAGGAAGAUGAUGAAGACGAGGAAAGCAGCAGCGCACUCACAAAUCCAUCAGACAUCAGUGUGUGCGCAGGCAGGACUCGAUUCCUGAAAGUCGAUGAAUCCUGCAGACGGCUCUCUAAAUGACAAACCAUGGCAUCCUUUAGAUUUUACUUUUUACAUUUCAGGAAGGUGUAAGUGAUGUUAAACUUUUAAAAAACUGGUUUCAAAAUUUCUAUGUAGCUUUUCAUGUCCUGUCAGAGAAUCAGCAAGCACAAAGUUUAAUUAAUUGAGGUUAUAUUUCUGAAGUUAUUGCUUUAUGUUAAGGGAAGCAGAAAAUAAACUGUGAUUUUACACACUGUAGUAUCUGGGAAUGACACCCGCUUUGGUAUGAUGGUUUGCACAAUUUAUUGAGUUUCGCAGUUAAAUCAUUUAUGAUCUUUGUUUAUUAAAAUAUAACUGGAAUAGAUUUUUUCAUUUACUGUAUUUUUUCUGCACCACAUUUAAAAAGAUUUAUUUUUAUUUAUAAAUUCUUAUAUUUGAUUCAUGUUUAGAGUUACUCUCGUAGCAUGUUUAAAUAUGAUGAUGAUCAAUAAACAUUAGAUUAUACAUUAUAUUGUGAUAUGACAAGUUAUUAUCACCAGAUUGUAAAAUAAAUAUAAUUACAGAGUUUAUGUGAGUGUGUGAGAGUGUCUAUAUGGAUAUGCAAUGGUUAUAUUUGGAUUUUUAUAAUGUGAUCAAAUGAAAAUCCAUUUUUGUACAUUGUACUUGAAGUACCAUUUUGUCUAUGUUACCUUUCCAACGAAAUGAAGAAGCACUUUUAAUAUGUUAAUAAACAUUACAGACAUGUACAAUGGA